CUUUCAAGCAAAUAUGCGAUCACUAGCAUUCUUCGUCAUCCCCAUCUCGGCUAUUUUUCUCUUGGUUUCAUUGGGACUGGUUGCAGAUGGCGUGGCAGGUUUAAGCCAAUUGGUGAAAUACUAUAGUAAUUUAGGAGACUUCUCUUCAGGCGGUGGUGGUGUUGGUGGCGAAAUCGGAGGUCUCACAUCUUCUUAUCGUCCUGCCUAUUCAACACAAUACAGUGAUGGAGGUGGUGUGUUUGGAAGUGCGUUUUCAACUUACGAUCCAUACACCUACUCAAGCUUUGAUCCAGACCUUUAUUCAACCUAUGAUUAUGAUUCUGCUUUAAGUUCAAUCUACUCCAAAUACAGUUUUACAUUUCGUAAACGUGAAGCAGAGCCAACGGGGAUUGCAAAACGUGAAGAAAAGAGAGCAUCUCCAACUGUUGCACCCGUUGUCCGUCAAAUUCCUCAUUACACUCCUGCACCAUUGACUAAGCGCGAACAAAGGACACAUGUGGAACACACAUUACAAAAACGUAAAAUAUUCACUGUAAGUCAAGCCAAAAGCAGGACUGCAGCAAUCUUGGCAUUUUACGUUUUGCAAUUGGUCACAAUUGUUGCUCUUUUGGCUACCGGUAUUGCGUUCAUGAUCACAUUCCGUAAACAGGACAACCAUGUUCAAGAGAAGAUUACGAGUUCUCAAAACAACAACAUCCAUGCGAAUACCAAUGAUCUCCCUCAAUCAAAUCAAAUGCAAGACGCUUCAAGUUCAAUUUACAAACGUACUACACUUUUCAAGAAAUUCUUUUUGGUCUUUGCCAUUUUCACGGUGCUUUACUUCAUCUUUGGAAUCGUUUCUUUUGGUUUGCUCGGCUCUCUCGGUCCUAUCGUCGCAAUCGCUGCAGCAACGGUUGCAUUUUGGGUCUUUGCUUUUUUGGCCUGCGUUGCAAUCUGUGUUACUCUCGUUUUGGACCGUCGAACAAGUGAAGAAGAUGAGACGUCCUUACGUAAUCCCUCUUUUGAUGGCGGUGAAUAUGGUAGCAGUAAAGGAGAUGGAAUGAUUGUCACUUCUUCUCAAGGACACAACCUUCAGCCCGUCAGUAUGCCACAACCACAGCAACCUCAAACUCCAGCUGGAUGGCAACAAUCCACUGCUGAGCAUCAGCAACAAUAUGCAACUGGGGCUAUUUCUCAACCGCAACAGCAAUCUGUCAAUCAGACAGCUGUCGCUCCUGAAAGUCAUCCAACUUCACCCCAGCAACAACAACAAGCAGCCGGUCCGAUCGACGGUCAAGUAUACAGAGCAGUAGUCGAUCAACACGGUAACACACAAAUGGUACCCGUUAAUCUCUAG